CUUGUGGGUGCCAAUCCAGAAGAGAUGAGGAAAAGGAUAGGCGCAUAUGUCGAGACCAUACAUGUUAUGGCUGUGGUUUUGGCAUCAGAUGGAGACAAGUGCAGGCGUGGCUCUUGUUUUUUGUGGUUUAUAGUCUCUCAGAUCAUGUAAAUUCAAGUUGUUGAACAGUUUAACGAGAUCUACCAUCAUGUUAUCAUCCUGGAGUAGUGAAAUUUAAGGGAAUGAAUUCUGGGAUUUGGUGUGUUGUUGCUUGAUUCCCUGUUGUCUUCUUCAUAUAUCAUUUCUGGAAUACCAGAGCUUUCAUUCAACAACAUCUUCCAUGCCUGCCAAAUCAUUGCUGAUGAAUCUACCCAACUCAAGUCUCUUUCUCACCCCCAGUUGUUUCGAAUCGUUACAUAUCAUCGUCAGUCUCACGAUUCUAAAACGUGUUUAUUAUAGAGAGGAUAGAGAAGGGAACGAAAGAUAUCCAAAGUCGACUAGAGAAGGGAACGAAACAUUUCUUAUAACUGUGUAGAAAUCUACGUCAGGUGUGUGUGUGGGCGACCGGAGAGAAGUGGAUUGUGGCGUUGGGAAUUUCAAAUCCCAAUUCAAAUCCUGUCGGAUGGUUAAGAAUUGAAAUGUAGAAAGGGAAUGGGGAGUGUGUGGGCCUAAACAUGGGAAGCAUCACAAAAUAUUGUAAAUCUCAGUGUUUACUUUAUUUUGUUUGUUGGAGUGUUAGCGUUAGUGGACCAGUUGCAGUAUGCGAUUCUUCUUCGAUUUUCCCUCCCCACUCUUUCCUCAGAUUCCUUUAACCAUCUCUACAAAUUUCCCAUCGCUUCCUCAAUCAAACCAAAACCAAUUUCUUCUUCCGCAAUGCAUAUGUUCUAGCAUUUGCCAUGGAACACGCCUCUCUAUGUUCCGCCCUGUAAUCUGAAAUACUUGUACCCGCCAUUUUUGAGAGAUGGCGUCGUCUGAAUUCACGGAUUGGGUGUUCGAUUACGGCGCGAUUGAGGACAUCCCUGUCCCCGGCGGCGACCUACCUUCACUGGAUCUUCCUGCUUUCACUUUGCCUUCUCGCGAUUUCACUGCCUCCUUCAGGGCAGAUUUUGAUGAGCAACUUGAAAUGCCAGACGACAUAAAGGAAUCUGGAUCCAGAAAAAGGAUGAGCAGCUCUGGAUCAAAUGCAUUUGGGUCCAAGGCACAUAAAGAGAAAAUGCGAAGGGAUAAACUAAAUGACAGGUUUCUGGAAUUGAAUUCCAUCCUCAAUCAUGGAAGGCCUCCCAAAAUUGACAAGUCUGCUAUUUUGGGUGAUGCAGUUCGAAUGAUCAUACACCUAAGGGAUGAGGCUCAGAAGCUUAAGGAAUCUAAUGAAACUUUUCUGGAGAAGAUCAAUGAAAUGAAGGCUGAAAAGAGUGAACUACGAGACGAGAAACAGAGGCUGAAAGAAGCAAAAGACAACCUUGAACAGAAAAUGAAGGCGUUCAAUACACAACCAAGCUUCUUGCCUCACCCUCCUGCAUUUUCUUCUCCAAAUCAGGUUGUUGGGGGCAAGUUGGUACCCGUGAUCGGAUAUCCCGGAGUAUCAAUGUGGCAGUUCAUGUCUCCAGGCGCCAUCGAUACAUCGCAAGACCACGUUCUUCGGCCACCAGUCGCCUGAGUUGUCGGAGUUCAUUACUUCACCGGCUUUGCUUUUGAAUGAGAGGAUUCCUAUGUAUUUUCAAGAUAGAAUUGGCUGAAUAUCUGUUUUGUUAAACAAGUUUCUGCUGAUCAAAAUCAAUGCAGGUCUGCUACAAUAACAGUCUUCACCAAUUCUGUAAUCUUAUUUCCUUUCUUCAUCUUCUCCUUCUGUUUGGGUUCUUGCCUAACUGUUCUUCAGCAGCUGACAUUUCUGUAGAGAUUUUGUGAAAUAACCAACUAUUUUCCUCGUCUUCAAACGACGUAAAAGGAAGAACAUUUAGAUCAUCUUGAUGACAGGUCUUAGGAUUAUGAAUUUCCAAGAUGAUUGGAUUAAUGUCAGCUGCCACAAUUCUUGUGGACUAUGCCAUUGUGUCUGAUUUAUAGCGAUACUAGGAACAACGAACUACCAUAAUGUUAUAAUAUUGUGCAUUUUGAGUA